AUUUCUGCUUUAAAGUUGUUCACCCCUAAGCUCAAAAACCCUAGAAGGGUUCAGUUUGUUCGCUGUCUUCAUUAAGCUAAGCUCGGAGAUUUUCCAGGCAAAUCUUUACGGAGCUGUUUGGUUAUGGCACUAAAGCAGGCCAGUUCUGGCCUUUUUGUGGGUCUAAACAAAGGUCAUAAGGUGACGCGAAAGGAGUUGGCUCCUCGUCCUUCUAACAGAAAGGGGAAAAGUAGCAAGAGAGUCCAUUUCGUGAGGGGCCUCAUUAGAGAGGUGGCUGGGUUUGCUCCUUAUGAGAAAAGGAUCACUGAGCUUCUAAAGGUUGGCAAAGAUAAGCGUGCCCUUAAGGUGGCAAAGAGAAAGCUUGGUACUCAUAAGAGGGCCAAGAAGAAGAGAGAGGAGAUGUCUUCUGUUCUUCGGAAAAUGAGAGCUGGUGGAGCCGCAGAGAAGAAGAAAUGAGUGAUUCACCCAGAUGCCUAUUCUCCAUGAAGCUUCUGUUCAUCAUCUUGAAAUUUUUAUUUAAAGCCUCUAUUUAUUUCAAAAUUUUGCAUGAGAUUUUGGAUUUAAUUUGUAAUCAAAACAAGUAUUUGCUUAUACAAUUACAUCCAGUGAGCCUUUUUUGAAA